AUGUCUGUCGACUUCAACACACUAGCCCAGCAAUUCACAGAAUUUUACUACAACCAGUUCGACACUGACAGAACUCAGUUGGGCAACUUGUACCGCGAACAGUCCAUGUUGACAUUUGAAACCACCCAACUUCAGGGUGCUAAGGAUAUCGUGGAGAAACUGGUAUCGCUACCUUUCCAGAAAGUCGCUCAUAGAAUCAGCACUCUGGACGCGCAACCUGCAUCUCCUAACAAUGACGUUCUCGUGAUGAUUACCGGCGAGUUGCUAAUCGACGAGGAACAGAACCCUCAGAGAUUCUCCCAAGUGUUCCAUCUAAUGCCAGAGGGCAAUUCGUAUUACGUUUUCAACGACAUUUUCCGUCUGAACUACGCGGCUUGA